AUGGUAUCCUACGGGAACUGUGACAGAAGAGUAGAAUCAAAUUGUGCAAAAUCGAGAAGCUGCCCCUCAUCCAGUGCACCGGUACGUGUCAUAUAUAUAACUUCGAAGUGUCCUAGUUGUGCAUCUCCACCGAUAAGUUGCCCUUCUCCAUCGGUAAGUUGCCUAUCGCCAUCGAUAAGUUGCCCUCCUUCUUAUCCAUCAUAUUAUCCUCCUCCGUCUUCUCCGUGUCCACCAUGUCCAGUUGCUUCACCUUAUCCAGUUUCCCCAUGUCCUGCUCCUCCGCCUUGUCCAGCAUGUCCAGCUCCUCCUCCUUGUCCAGCGUGUCCUCCUCCACCUCCGCCACCUCCUCCUCCUCCGCCACCUCCUCCUCCUCCACCACCACCUCCACCACCACCGCCACCUCCUCCUCCACCACCACCACCAGCUAGAAGAGUUUUACACCUAAAGGAAGAUUUCAAUCACACGAAGAAAAUUUUAAAUAAUGGCACUAGAACGACCCCCAAAAGAUAUCGGAUCAUCAAACCAAAGCCAUUUUCAAACUCUUCUUUAUCGAAUGUCAAAGAAACUGACAAGAAAAACUCGUCUUCAUCGUUUGUAAAAGUGAAAAAGUAUGUCAGGAGACCACGACGAACAAGACGUUAUUAUACAAGACGUUAUUAUUUUAGACAAUUCAGAAUUAAUUAA